GUAUUGGCAAGUUGACAGGAGACAGCAUCCACUUCUUCACACCCACUUCUCUUCUUGGGAAGGCUCGGAGCAGGUUUCAAGCAGUGGACACACGAAGAAACAGUAGAUCUCAUCGUCCUCUAUUCUGCUCGUGGCCAGCAGAGACCUAUUGCGGAGGACGUCUUCUAGUCGCGUCGGCAGUGCAUGCGUGCCCAUGCACCCAUCGUCUAACAGGAUGGUAUUCCCGAUGCUGGGGAGAAUACCGCCAAGGGCAAAGCUGCUCUUUUCUUUGCUGCUCGUGGUGCUGGCAAUCGACACAUGUAACGCAGAAUGCCCUAAAGGCAAACAUCAAAGUGGCAACGCUACCAGCCCCUGUGUUCCUCUCAAGACCAUCUGCCCAGGCACAGAUAAGGCAAUGUACUCCUGGAUGGCUCUCGCUGGCUUGCCGGUUCAUCCGCACGCUAACGAGCCCAGCCUCACCGAAAAGGCCAAUCUGAGGCAAGCCCGCCGUUUAUGCCAGCGUCGAGGAUACGACGUGAUCGAUUAUAGCGCCUUCACCAACAGGACCAAGGGCGUGCGCGGCUGCAUGGAAGCAUUGCUCCAAAAGAUGAUGGCGAGCACUUACGGCAGCACUAUCAUCGUAUGGACGUCGCACGUGUACAGAGGGGAUCAUGUCCUUUUCAAGCAGGACAAGAACAACCAUAGUGAAGCGGUAUUUGACCGGGCUGGAACAACCCUUAAUGACGUCAUUUGCGAAGCUAAAUGGAUUCAUGCUUUCUCCUCAGCAUACGUCGCAGCAACACCGGCAUCGAGACGUGCCGUUACCCAGCCUUUUGCGCGUGAAGCUUGUCAGCAGUACGGACUAAACUUUAUAACCGUGGACUGGCUGCAAGCACAUGGCCAUGUAUUCAGAGAGCGCUGGCUACAACGAUUGCCUAUAGAGCAUAACCCUCAUCACGGCACCAAGCCCUUCCACGUCGAACCAAUCUCGGCGGAUGGCGAACACCAUUACAGAACCGUAACGUUUAGCAGCGGAAGUCAUACGAUUCACAACGCCCCAAGCGAUGAGCAAGCCCGGAUCCUCUGUGUCAAAUUCUGUGAGAACAAAGGUGUUGUUGCAGCAAACAUGAGUUGUGUGUGUAACCGCACCACAUCCUACGGCGAACGAUGUGAAAAGGCAUGCGACUGUUUGAAUCAAGGUCAUUGUGACGACACGGGUAAAUGCAUCUGCCCGAAAGAAUUUACCGGUAACAAGUGCCAAUCGGUUGUGUGCACGAAUCCCUGGGUGAAAAAGAACAAAGAAUGUGAAUGUAAACCCAGACUAGAUGGACCUAAGUGCACAGAAGUAUGCCAUUGCUUGAAUCAUGGGAAGUGUGCUGAAGACGGUACCUGCGUCUGCCAGAAAGGUUUCCAUGGAGACCUGUGUCAACAGACUUUUAAGACAAAGUGCCUGGGUACAGAUAACGCAACGUACACCUGGAUGGCUCUCGCCAGCUUGCCGUGUCAUCCAGACCUGGACGGUGACAGCUGCCAGAAGAAAACGAACUUGACGCAUGCCCGCCAGAUGUGCAAGAGAAGAGGAUACGACGUGGUCGAAUUUCAUGCCUUCACAAACCGGUCUAUGAACGUGCGCGACUGCAUGGAAGCCUUGCUCAACGAGAUGAUGGAGAGCAGUUUCAAGAGCCCUAUCACAAUAUGGACAUCUUUCUUGAGAGAGUUGAGGGAUAGUACCAAGAUGCAUGUCUUGUACAAGCAGGGCAAGAACGGCUUAAGAGAAGAGGUACAUGAUAGAACCGGAGCAGGCCAUCAUGAUGUCAUCUGCGAAGCCAAGUGGCUUCACGACAACAACUCAGCAUAUACCGUAGCAACCCCAGCAUCCAGACGCAUUGUCACUGAGCCAUUCGCAGAGGAGGCAUGUCAGCAGUACGGACUUCAGCUCGUAACCGAAGACUGGCUGCGAGCACAUGGCGAUGUAUUAAGAGAGCGCGGGCUCGAGAGGUUGGCUCUGAAGCAUGAACGUGACCAAGCCGCUUACCACGUCAAGGCAAUCCGGGUCAAUGGUGGCUCCCUUUACAGAACCGUAACAUUUAGCGAGAACAAUCAAGAGUUUCACCACACGAGAAGCAAUGACAGAGCCCAAAUCCUCUGUGUCGCAUGCGACUGUUUGAAUCAAGGUCAUUGUGACGACAAGGGUAAAUGCAUCUGCCCGAAAGAAUUUACCGGUAACAAGUGCCAAUCGGUUGUGUGCACGAAUCCCUGGGUGAAAAAGAACAAAGAAUGUGAAUGUAAACCCAGACUAGAUGGACCUAAGUGCACAGAAGUAUGCCAUUGCUUGAAUCAUGGGAAGUGCGCUGAAGACGGUACCUGCGUCUGCCAGAAAGGUUUCCAUGGAGACCUGUGUCAGCAGACUCUCAAGACCAUCUGCCCAGGCACAGAUAAGGCAAUGUACUCCUGGAUGGCUCUCGCUGGCUUGCCGGUUCAUCCGCACGCUAACGAGCCCAGCCUCACGGAAAAGGCCAAUCUGACGCAAGCCCGCCGUUUAUGCCAGCGUCGAGGAUACGACGUGAUCGAAUAUAGCGCCUUCAUCAACCCGACCAAGGGCGUGCGCGGCUGCAUGGAAGCAUUGCUCCGAAAGAUGAUGGCGAGCACUUACGGCAGCACUAUCACCGUAUGGACGUCGUACGUGCACAGAGGGGAUCAUGUCCUUUACAAGCAGGACAAGAACAACCAUAGGCAAGCGGUAUUUGACCGGGCUGGAACAACCCUUAAUGACGUCAUUUGCGAAGCUAAAUGGAUUCAUGCUUUCUCCUCAGCAUACGUCGCAGCAACACCGGCAUCGAGACGUGCCGUUACCCAGCCUUUUGCGCGUGAAGCUUGUCAGCAGUACGGACUAAACUUUAUAACCGUGGACUGGCUGCAAGCACAUGGCCAUGUAUUCAGAGAGCGCUGGCUACAACGAUUGCCUAUAGAGCAUAACCCUCAUCACGGCACCAAGCCCUUCCACGUCGAACCAAUCUCGGCGGAUGGCGAACACCAUUACAGAACCGUAACGUUUAGCAGCGGAAGUCAUACGAUUCACAACGCCCCAAGCGAUGAGCAAGCCCGGAUCCUCUGUGUCAAAUUCUGUGAGAACAAUGGUGUUGCAGCAAACAUGAGUUGUGUGUGUAACCGCACCACAUCCUACGGCGAACGAUGUGAAAAGGCAUGCAACUGUUUGAAUCAAGGUCAUUGUGACGACAAGGGUAAAUGCAUCUGCCCGAAAGAAUUUACCGGGAACAAGUGCCAAUUGGUUGUGUGCACGAAUCCCUGGGUGAAAAAGAACAAAGAAUGUGAAUGUAAACCCAGACUAGAUGGACCUAAUUGCACAGAAGUAUGCCAUUGCUUGAAUCAUGGGAAGUGCGCUGAAGACGGUACCUGCGUCUGCCAGAAAGGUUUCCAUGGAGACCUGUGUCAGCAGACUUUUAAGACAAAGUGCCUGGGUACAGAUAACGCAACCUACACCUGGAUGGCUCUCGCCAGCUUGCCGUGUCAUCCACACCUGGACGGUGACAGCUGCCAGAAGAAAACGAACUUGACGCAUGCCCGCCAGAUGUGCAAGAGAAGAGGAUACGACGUGGUCGAAUUUCAUGCCUUCAUUUCCUGGGCUCUGAAUGUGCGCGACUGCAUGGAAGCAUUGCUCAACGAGAUGAUGGAGAGCAGUUUCAAGAGCCCUAUCACAAUAUGGACAUCUUUCUUGAGAGAGUUGAGGGAUGCUACCAAGACACAUCUCUUGUACAAGCAGGGCAAGAACGGCUUAAGAGAAGAGGUACAUGAUAGAACCGGAGCAGGCCAUCAUGAUGUCAUCUGCGAAGCCAAGUGGCUUCACGCCAACAACUCAGCAUAUACCGCAGCAACCCCAGCAUCCAGACGUAUUGUCACCGAGCCGUUCGCAGAGGAGGCAUGUCAGCAGUACGGACUUCACCUCAUAACCGAAGACUGGCUGCGAGCACAUGGCCAUGUAUUAAGAGAGCGCGGGCUCGAGAGGUUGGCUCUGAAGCAUGAACAUGACCAAGCCGCUUACCACGUCAAGGCAAUCCGGGUCGAUGGUGAUUCCCUUUACAGAACCGUAACAUUUAGCGAGAACAAUCAAGAUUUUCACCGCACCAGAAGCAAUGACAGAGCCCAAAUCCUCUGUGUCAGAUGUAAGUGUUUGAACCAGGGUCAGUGUGACGACAAGGGCAAAUGCACAUGCCCGAAAGAAUUUACCGGGAACAAGUGCCAAACGGAUUUCGAUGAAUGUGCAUCCACUGCACAUAACUGUGACUCAUCAGCAGCCUGCAUAAACACUCUUGGAUCAUUCUCAUGCGCUUGCAACGAUGGUUUCUAUGGAAAUGGAAUCUCUUGUCAGGGUUGUAACUUCCAUGAAUUGAACAUCGCCAGUGUUAACAGAACUACUGGCCAAGUAACCUGUGCAACUGGCUAUACACGUGUUGAAGGCAACUCAGUUGCUACAUGCCCCAAGAACUCAGCAACUGGCAAUUGGGAAGGAGUUGGAAACUGCAGAGCUUUGUGCAGCGAGCCAGCAGCAAUCACCAAUGGUGUUGUGAAUCCGGGAAUUCAAGUUGCUGUUUCUGACUCUUCAGAAAAGUUUUACUCUUCAGCUGUGUAUAAGUGCAAUCAGGGAUAUCGGCUUUCAACAGGCACGAGCAACGUGCUAAGUUGUUCCGUCUCGGGUGAUGUCGCUGAUUUUGGAUCAAUACCAGCUUGUCAAGCCUGUACGGUUGAUGGUAGUGGUCACAACAUUGCCUCGGUGUCGGCUAGUGGCACAGUAACAUGCAACGAUGGACACUAUCACAAUGGGUCGCUGCCUGUUUGCCAAGAUGCAUUUGUAUCCUGGCAGAACAUUGGCAGUUGUCAAGCUGUGUGUACACAUCCCUGGGUGAAAAAGAACAAAGAAUGUGAAUGUAAACCCAAACUAGAUGGACCCACCUGCAUAGAAGUGUGCAAUUGCUUGAAUCACGGUCAGUGUACUGAAGAUGGCACCUGCAUCUGCCGGAAAGGUUUCCAUGGAGACCAGUGUCAGCAUACCAAAUGGCUCCAUGCCAACGAUUCUGUAUACGCCGCAGCAACUCCAGCACUCAGACCCAGGGUGACUGAGCGGUUUGCAGAGGACGCAUGUCAGGAGCACGGAUUUCAUCUCAUUACCAAGGAUUGGCUACAAGAACAUGGCCAUGUGUUAACAGAGCGCUGGCUAGGGACAUUGGCCUUACUGCAUAAGCACAAGCAAGCACCUUACCACGUCGCGUCAAUCCGAGCCAAUGGAAGUUCCCUUCACAGAACCGUAACGUUUAGCGCGCAAAAGCAGACGUUUCAGAAUGCCACAAAAAAAACUCAAGCCCAGAUUCUCUGUGUCAAGACCUGUGAGACCGGUUUUCUUGGACCAAACCUGAGUUGUGUGUGCAACCGCACCUCAACCUAUGGUCAAUAUUGUGAAAAGGCAUGCAAGUGCUUGAAUCAGGGUCGGUGUGACAACAAAGGUGAAUGCAGCUGCCCGAAAGGAUUCACCGGAGACAAGUGCCAACUCGUUGUGUGUACGCACCCGUGGGUGAAAAAGAACAAAGUAUGCGAAUGUACGGCCAGACUAGAUGGACCUAACUGCACAGAAGCAUGCAAAUGCUUGAAUGACGGCCAGUGCACUGAAAAUGGCACCUGCAUCUGCCGGAAAGGUUUCCAUGGAGAUCAGUGUCAGCACACAUGCAAAUGCUUGAAUGACGGCCAGUGCACUGAAAAUGGCACCUGCAUCUGCCGGAAAGGUUUCCAUGGAGAUCAGUGUCAGCACACUUUCAAGACAAAGUGCCUGGGUACAGAUAAGGCAAUGUACACCUGGAUGGCUCUCGCCGGCUUGCCGUGUCAUCCACACCUCGACGGUGACAGCUGCCAGAAGAAAACGAACUUGACGCGUGCCCGCCAGAUGUGCAAGAGAAGAGGAUACGACGUGGUAGACUAUAAUGCCUUCACCAGUCAGACGCUUGGCGUGCGAGACUGCAUGGAAGAAUUGCUCAACAAGAUGAUGGCAAGCAAUUUCAACAGCCCUAUCACAAUAUGGACAUCUUUCUUGAGGGCUGGCAAGCAUGUCAUGUACAAGAAGGGCAAGAACAACUUAAGAGAAGAGUUACAUGAUAGUAGUGGAUCAAGCGAGAUGAUGGCGAGCGGUCACAGCAACCCUAUCUCCCUAUCGUCAGGGCAAGAACUAGUUAAGAACAAGUUACAUGAUAGUAGUGGAGCAAGCCAUCUUGAUGGCGAGAUGAUGGCGAGCGGUGACAGCAACCCUAUCAUCCUAUCGUCAGGGCAAGAACUAGUUAAGAACAAGUUACAUGAUAGUAGUGGAGCAAGCCAUCUUGAUGGCGAGAUGAUGGCGAGCGGUGACAGCAACCCUAUCUUCCUAUCGUCAGGGCAAGAACUAGUUAAGAACAAGUUAAGAAAGGAGUUACAUGAUAGUAGUGGAGCAAGCCAUCUCGAGAUGAUGGCGAGCGGUGACAGCAACCCUAUCUCAAUAUCGGCAUCGCUCGAGGAGGAUGACCAAAAUAUCAUAUACCAGCAGGGCAAGAACGAGUUAAGAGAAGAGUUAUAUGAUAGUAAUGGAGCAAGCCAUCAUGAUGUCAUCUGCGAAGCCAAAUGGCUCCAUGCCAACGAUUCUGUAUACGCCGCAGCAACUCCAGCACUCAGACCCAGGGUGACUGAGCGGUUUGCAGAGGACGCAUGUCAGGAGUACGGAUUUCAUCUCAUUACCAAGGAUUGGCUACAAGAACAUGGCCAUGUGUUAACAGAGCGCUGGCUAGGGACAUUGGCCUUACUGCAUAAGCACAAGCAAGCACCUUACCACGUCGCGUCAAUCCGAGCCAAUGGAAGUUCCCUUCACAGAACCGUAACGUUUAGCGCGCAAAAGCAGACGUUUCAGAAUGCCACAAAAAAAACUCAAGCCCAGAUUCUCUGUGUCAAGACCUGUGAGACCGGUUUUCUUGGACCAAACCUGAGUUGUGUGUGCAACCGCACCUCAACCUAUGGUCAAUAUUGUGAAAAGGCAUGCACGUGCUUGAAUCAGGGUCAGUGUGACAACAAAGGUGAAUGCAGCUGCCCGAAAGGAUUCACCGGAGACAAGUGCCAACUCAUUGUGUGUACGCACCCGUGGGUGAAAAAGAACAAAGUAUGCGAAUGUACGGCCAGACUAGAUGGACCUAACUGCACAGAAGCAUGCAAAUGCUUGAAUGACGGCCAGUGCACUGAAAAUGGCACCUGCAUCUGCCGGAAAGGUUUCCAUGGAGAUCAGUGUCAGCACACUUUCAAGACAAAGUGCCUGGGUACAGAUAAGGCAAUGUACACCUGGAUGGCUCUCGCCGGCUUGCCGUGUCAUCCACACCUCGACGGUGACAGCUGCCAGAAGAAAACGAACUUGACGCAUGCCCGCCAGAUGUGCAAGAGAAGAGGAUACGACGUGGUAGACUAUAAUGCCUUCACCAGUCAGACGCUUGGCGUGCGAGACUGCAUGGAAGAAUUGCUCAACAAGAUGAUGGCAAGCAAUUUCAACAGCCCUAUCACAAUAUGGACAUCUUUCUUGAGGGAUGGCAAGCAUGUCAUGUACAAGGAGGGCAAGAACAACUUAAGAGAAGAGUUACAUGAUAGUAGUGGAUCAAGCGAGAUGAUGGCGAGCGGUCACAGCAACCCUAUCUCCCUAUCGUCAGGGCAAGAACUAGUUAAGAACAAGCUACAUGAUAGUAGUGGAGCAAGCCAUCUUGAUGGCGAGAUGAUGGCGAGCGGUGACAGCAACCCUAUCAUCCUAUCGUCAGGGCAAGAACUAGUUAAGAACAAGUUACAUGAUAGUAGUGGAGCAAGCCAUCUUGAUGGCGAGAUGAUGGCGAGCGGUGACAGCAACCCUAUCUUCCUAUCGUCAGGGCAAGAACUAGUUAAGAACAAGUUAAGAAAGGAGUUACAUGAUAGUAGUGGAGCAAGCCAUCUCGAGAUGAUGGCGAGCGGUGACAGCAACCCUAUCUCAAUAUCGGCAUCGCUCGAGGAGGAUGACCAAAAUAUCAUAUACCAGCAGGGCAAGAACGAGUUAAGAGAAGAGUUAUAUGAUAGUAAUGGAGCAAGCCAUCAUGAUGUCAUCUGCGAAGCCAAGUGGCUUCACGUCAACUCUUCAGUAUACACCACAGCAACGCCAGCGCUGAGGCCCUACGUCACAGAGCAAUUCGCAGAGGAGGCAUGUGAGCAGUACGGACUUCACCUCGUAACCGGGGCCUGGCUGCAAGCACAUGGCCAUGUAUUAAUAAGAGAGAGAUUCCUAGAGAGAUUGGCUAUUCGGCAAGCACCUUAUCACGUCAAACCAAUCGUGGUGAACGGCAACUCCCUUUACAGAACCGUAACGUUUAGCGAGGGAAAACAGAGGUUUGUGAACACCACAAGCAAUCACCGAGCCCAAAUCCUCUGUGUCAUGUGCAAGUGUUUGAACCAGGGUCAGUGUGACGACAAAGGCAAAUGCAUCUGCCCGAAGGGAUUCACCGGAGACAAUUGCCAGAAGGUUGUGUGCACACAUCCCUGGGUGAAAAAGAACAAAGUAUGCGAAUGUAAGGCCAGACUAGGCGAGACUAACUGCACGGAAGCAUGCAAUUGCUUGAAUAAUGGUCAGUGUACUGAAGACGGCACCUGCCUCUGUCCGACCGGAUUCCGCGGAGACCAAUGUCAGGACACUUUCAGGACAAAGUCCCUGGGUACGGACAAGGUGAUGUACACCUGGACGGCUCUCGCCGGCUUGCCGUGUUAUUCAGGCAGCUGCCCGAAGAUAACCAGUUGGACGAAAGCCAGAGACGCGUGCGGUGAUAGGGGAUACCAGCUGGUCGACUUUAAAACCUUCACCUGGCUCGGUUCAAAGCUUGGUGUGCGUUACCGCGUAAAGUCAUUGCUCCACGAGAUAAUGGCGAGCACUAACAGCAGCGCGAUUACGAUAUGGACAUCAUCCGAGUACUAUCGUCGGCGUAUUAUUUACAAGCAGUACAAGAACAAAUCGAGUGAUACAAUAUUUAGUGUUCAUGGGUCCGGCCAUCACAAUGUCAUCUGCGAAGGCAAAUGGCGUCACAUCAACGAUUCACAAUACGCCGCCGCAACCAUACCGCAGUAUCACUGCAUCAGUUGGCAGUACGCAGAGAACGCAUGUCAGCAGUACGGACUUCGCCUCAUAACCAAGGACUGGCUACAAGAACAUGGCCAUGUGCUAAGAGAACGCUGGCUAGAGAAAUUGGCUUUAAAUAAGUCCGACGGAUUAGGUUACCACGUCGCGCCAAUCCUGGUCAAUGGUCAGUCCCUUUACAGAACAGUAAAAUUUAGCAGACAACAUGUGACGUUUAAGAAUGAAACAAGCCAGGAGAAUGCCAAGAUUCUCUGUGUCAAGUCCUGUGGGAGCGGUGUUCUUGCACCGGACAUGCGUUGUGUAUGUAACCGCACUAUGUCCUACGGUGAAGAAUGUGAAAAGGCAUGCAAGUGCUUGAACCGGGGUGAGUGUGAUGACAAAGGUGAAUGCAGCUGCCCUAGAGGAUUCACCGGCCGCCAUUGUCAACUCGUUGUGUGCGCGAAACCCUGGGUGAAAAAGAGCAAAGUGUGUGAAUGUCAACCUGGACUAGAUGGACGCAACUGCACAGAAGCAUGCAAUUGCUUGAAUGACGGCCAGUGCACUGACGAUGGCAGUUGCAACUGCCAGAACGGUUUCCACGGAGACCAGUGUCAGCACAUUUUCAAGACAAAGUGCCUGGGUACAGAUAACGCAACGUACACCUGGAUGGCUCUCGCCAGCUUGCCGUGUCAUCCACACCUCGACGGUGACAGCUGCCAGAAGAAAACGAACUUGACGCAUGCCCGCCAGAUGUGCAAGAGAAGAGGAUACGACGUGGUAGACCAUAAUGCCUUCACCAAUCAGACGCUUGGCGUGCGCGACUGCAUGGGAGCAUUGCUCAACAAGAUAGUGACGAGCGGUUACAGAAACCCUACUUCAAUAUGGACAUCGUUCAAGAAGGAUGACCAACAUCUCAUAUACCAGCAGGGCAAGAACAAGUUGCCUAAAGAAUUGUAUGAUAGUGAUGGAACAAGCCAUCAUGAUGUCAUCUGCGAAGCCAAGUGGCUCCGUUACAACGACUCUGUAUACGCCGCAGCCACGCCAUCACUGAAACCCAGCGUGACUGAGCAAUUCGCAGAGGAGGCAUGUCAGGAGUACGGACUUCACCUCAUAACCAAGGACUGGCUGCACGCACAUGGCCAUGUAUUAAGAAAGCGCUGGCUAGAUAGAUUGGCUCUUCGGCAUGCAUCUUACCACGUCAAACGAAUCCGAGUGAAUGGCAACUCCCAUUACAGAACUGUAACGUUCAGAAAUCACAGUAAUCAGCUUCAAAAUUCCACAAUCAAUCGCCACGCCAAAAUCCUCUGUGUCAAGCACUGUGCUAACGGCGUUCUUGCCCAGGACCUGAGUUGCAAGUGCAACCGCUCUGUCUUCUAUGGCGAAUACUGUGAAAAGGACGACUGCAAGUGCUUGAACCAGGGUCAGUGCGACAACAAUGGUAAAUGCACCUGCCCGAUAAGAUUCUACGGAGAACAUUGCCAACUCGAGUGCAAAACAUGUCUGAAUCAGGGUCGUUGUAAUGAAGACGGCACCUGCACCUGCGCUGAAGGAUGGAUUGGUGACCGGUGCCAGACCCGGUGUGCGGACACGGACCCAUGUUGCGUGAACAAGCGCAUCGUGACACGCCGGGAUCACGUCUGCCGCGCCGCCACCAGCGACUGUGACGUGGCGGAGUACUGCGACGGCGAGACUGCCACAUGUCCAGAGGACCUGACCGCGCGCAAUGGCUGGCCAUGCUCCAAUAGUCAAGCAUACUGCUGGAGUGGAGUUUGUCAAUCACGAACUGGCCAGUGUCAGAGUGUCUGGAACGAUAUGGAUCAAGGGUCAGCUCCUGAGGAUUGCUUCACAAUCAUGAACAUGGAUGGUGACCGUAUUGGUAACUGUGGUUUCAAAUCAUCCAAUUCCACCCCAGGAACCUAUGCAGCCUGUGCGGCUGGAGAUUCCCUAUGUGGUAGUUUGUUCUGCCUUCCAGUUGCUCGAAAGAUUCAACCCAGUAGUGACGUUCUGGCCGAAACCAUUCGCGUACCCGAUGUUGGCAAGUGCAAUGGUUUGUACGCGUCCCCGCCAAGAAGCCACGAUGACCCAUCGCUCGUGAAGGACGGAACACGCUGUGAUGCCAGCGGCGCUAACAAGGACCUCGUGUGCCACAAGCAACGCUGCGUGGACAAGUCUCGAGUCACCAGCCAGUGUUCGGUCGAUGCUGACAGCGGCAAAGAGUGUGGUGAAGUCGGUGUCUGUACAAAUGCAACGACCUGCCUUUACCCACCCACACCUGAGAUCAACGAGUCGAGUACAGGAUCCGCUAACACUACCCAGGCUGCUACACCCACGACCAGUGGAAUAACCAAACCAACGAGCGACCCAGCCACAACCACUCCAACCGAAGUCGGUGAUGAACAGUGGAGUGGUUUAUAAUUGUAACUAGAUACUCAUAAACCAGAGGGAAUACUACCGACAGGACUAACCUGGUGCCCUUCCACUUACCCACCCAUCUUCCAUGGCAUCCACAAUUCGGUCCAGGAAACUCGACAGAGCGUUUCCAGGACGUGAGGAGCCUGGCUAACCAAGUGUGUUUCCAGUCCUGAUAAUUUCCUCCCAUUGUAAAUUUCAAAUCUGCAAUUUCAGAUCAGUGAAAAUCUGAGGCAGACUGAUAUCCCAUAACCCGCUACGGCUGAGUAAUUAUGUCGUAUUUUAAUUAGUAAUUAUGCAUCUAUUAUUUGCAAGAUGAUGAGGGCAAUAAUAGAUUGAUCCCGACAUAGCAUACCUUAACUGGUUUAGCUUUGUUGUUGUGUAUUGUACUAGCACAUAGUAUAUACAUAAGUCGUCUACAUUACUUCUCUAUAAACAGAUGUUUUCAGUUGUUACGUUUAAUGUGUUCCCCAAGUUCUUUGACUGAGAAUCUGGCAGUUUGCGUUCAAGUCGUUUGGCUUCAGAUUUUUCUUCUUUCAUUUCUAACUCUUGUUUCAAGUUGAGGAAAAAGUUCUAAAUCCUUGGA